AAUGACUUGUAUGGACUCGGUAUCUUUUGCACUCAUUUCUAUAUUGUAUUUUGUCAUACCCAUCCAACAACUUAUUUUGUGAGUAAGAUAUCGUAGCAUAGGUUUUUUAUUUUUUAUUUUUUUGGGGUAAAAGGAUAAGCUUAUCGUAGCAUUGCUGAUAUGAUUCAAUCAAAAAAUUAUUCGUACAUUUGUGAUUUUUUAUUUUUUUAACACUUUUAUAUUCAAUCACCUAAUUGCAGUCAGUGAGGUAAGUCUGUCCAGUAAAAUGGACCACACACAUUAAUCUUUGCAGCUUACCGGACCCAAGAAAGGUUUCUCUCCACACUGCAAAACGAUUCCCUCUCUCUUACUUUCUCGACAGCCAAUCAAACCUUCACACUCCGAUGUUCUAAUCCAUAGCAGUAGGUGCAUCAUUCAAGCGAUUCUGUUUCACUUCCUGUUGAUGAAUUCAGUUGAUACUAGUGAUUGCAAUCUAUGGAUUGGGGUUCCAACCACCUCUAGCAGACUCAUUUAUUCCUUUCUCAUUCCUGCCUCCGGGAAAAUAACAGGCGACCUGAUCUCCGACGAGGUCACCGCCGGUCGGAUCAUGGAUAUACCGCCUUUGAGAAAGUCCAAGAAAUUUUCCGACUGGGAAUCCCAACAGAGGAUGAAGAUUAGGGUUUUGAAAAGGAGGUUGGGUAGCAAGAACAAGUAUGGAGAUUGGAGAGAGAAUUUCUUAAGCCUUCCAUCUCACGCAGAGUUGAUCACUUCAAGACCUCACUCUGAGAGGGAGACAGAGAUGGCCAUUCCGACUUGUGCAUUUCAUGCGAAUUGCUGUGUCCAGAGGCCUUCCAUCUCACACAGAGUUGAUCACUUCAAGACCUCUCUCUUCUCUGUUUUCAAGCCAUUAAUGAAAGAGUUGCAGCAAGAUCCUCUGCAAAUCAGUGUUUCUGAAAUCAUUAAGAACACAUCUGUGACGUUGUUGGAUGCCUUUGCUGAUUUGGUGUUCGAAUUCAAUGAUCAACCAUUGCUCCCAUCUCAGAGUAACUUUGCUCCGGUUGAAGAGUUGGGAAAAGCUGUUCUUGUUACCAACAUUGAAGGGAAGAUUCCAGAUGAUUUUCCAGAGGGUGUUUACUUAAGAAAUGGCGCAAACCCUCUUUUUGGAGGACUAAAAUCAACCAUUUCUAUGUUUGGAAGAUCAAGUCACACUUGGGUGGAAGGAGAAGGAAUGCUUCAUGCUUUGUAUUUUAAUAACGAUAGCAGUGGAAGCUGGACUGUCUUCUAUAACAACAAACAUGUUCAUACUGAGACAUUCAAGUUAGAAAGACAAAGAAAUGAACCAUCUUUUCUUCCAGCAAUAGAAGGGGAUGCACUGGCUAUUUUGUCAGCUCAUCUGCUAAAUAUGUUAAGAUUUGGCAAAGUAAACAAAGACUUUAGCAACACCAAUGUUUUUAUGCAUUCGGGGAAGUUAUACUCAGUUGCUGAGAAUGAUUUGCCUCAAGAGGUAGACAUCCUUACACUGGAAACUUUAGGCAAUUGGGAUGUCAAUGGAGCUUGGAAUCGACCAUUCACUGCCCACCCGAAGAAAGCUCCAGGUACUGGGGAGAUGGUCUUAAUGGGGGUUGAUGCGAAGAAACCUUACUUUGAAUUGGGAGUGAUUUCAGCUGACGGAAAGAAAUUAGUACAUAAAGUGGAUCUCAAAUUCAACAGGUGUACCCUUUGCCAUGACAUAGGUGUUACACCGAGGUAUAAUGUGAUCAUAGAUUUUCCACUAACUAUAGACAUAAACCGACUCAUUAAAGGAGGCCCAUUGAUGAGGUAUGAUAAGGAAGGGUACGCAAGGAUUGGGGUAAUGCCUCGUUACGGCAAUGCAGAAUCAGUUCAGUGGUUUGAGGUGGAACCAAGUUGUGUACUUCACAUUCUCAACUGUUAUGAGGAUGGUGAUGAGGUUGUAGUGUUGGGAUUUAGAGCUCGUGGAUCAAUCAUACCAGGACCUGAUCUUGGUUUGAACAAAUUUGAGUGGUUUUCGAGAGGUUUUAAGCCUGGAAGUUCAGUUGGAGACGAAGAUGACAGUUUGACAAAAGACGGAUUAUUCUUUUGUCGUUGUUGUGAAUGGAGAUUAAAUAUGCUAAAUGGAGAGGUCAAGGAAAAGUAUCUCACCGGAACCGAAUUUUCCAUGGAUAUGCCUAUGAUUAAUGAAAAUUUUACGGGUGUUGAAAACAAAUAUGGUUACACUCAGGUUGCUGACUCUAGUGCAAGCUCUGCCUCAGGCAUGGCCAAGUAUGGUGGACUAGCCAAGCUUUACUUGGGAGAACCAGAGCACAGAUUUUAUCAGGGAAAGAGACAACACGAAAACUUCAUAAAGGUUGAAUAUCAUAAAUUUGAGAAGAACACUUUCUGCUCUGGAGCUACGUUUGUCCCCAAAUGUGGAGGUUCCGAGGAAGACGAUGGUUGGAUCAUCUCUUUCGUUCAAAAUGAAAAUACUGGUAUAUCUCAGGUUUAUAUAAUUGAUACAAAGAACUUUACAAGUGAGCCAGUUGCCAAAAUUAUGCUUCCAUGUAGAGUGCCAUAUGGUUUCCAUGGAGCUUUCAUGUCAAAGCCCUUUCAACAAUAACAGGAUCAGAAGCUUUGUGAAACCAAGAUAUUGUAUAAAAUAUAGUCAAUAUUUACAUAAUGUUACUUCCUUGAUCCUUCUUGUCCUACUGUACUCUAUGUAAUUGUAUGUAAAUUUCUAUGGAGAGAUAUGGUUUCUGUAAUGGUUUUUCUUUUUAAUUAUUUUUAUUUAUAUAUUUUUUUAAACUUAA